AUGGCAACGAGACAAGCACAGAAAAGAUUAGCCAAGGAGUUCAAAGCCAUGACCGAGGAUCCUCCACCAUAUAUCAUGGCACGUCCAAAUGAAUCGAACAUUUUGGACUGGCACUAUAUUAUUACUGGACCUCCUGGAACACCUUACGAAAAUGGGCAAUACCACGGUACAUUAACUUUCCCCUCCGAUUAUCCUUUCCAGCCACCUGCUAUUCGUAUGGUUACGCCGAGUGGACGUUUUCAAGAGAACACACGUUUAUGUCUAUCCAUGAGUGAUUAUCACCCAACUACUUGGAAUCCAGGUUGGUCCGUAUCUACCAUUUUGAAUGGAUUACUAAGUUUCAUGACAAGCGAGGAAGGUACUACAGGAUCGAUUACCACUACCGAACAACAGAAAAAGGUGUUCUGUAAAAGAUCUAUGGAGUACAACACUUACUCCAAUCUGAGAUUUAAAUUGGUUUUCCCAGAUAUCGUAGAAGAGAAUAUAAAAGAGUUGGCAAGAAGAAGAGCCAGUGGGGCAGCCCAAGAGGAAGCCUCGAGUCAAAAUCAACCAGACGCACUUGCAGCCGCCGCCAAGGAGAAGGCAAUUUCUGUAGAGGAGAUUUCAGAUCCUGAAGAUAGAAUACGUGCAGAACAAGCGCUGGGUGAAAUCGGCGGUCGUAAAAAGGAAAAUGGUUCGGAGUCUGGGUCAUCAUCGAUGAUUUACAUUGGUUUGGCAUUUUUACUAUUUCUACUGGGGAUCUCUAUGAAAUAA